AAUGAUCCAGGAAGGAAGUGGUGAAGCCGGUUGUCAAUUUCUUGCCAGGAACGAGAAUGGAGAAGAGUGCCUUUAGAUGUGUAGAAUGUAACAAGAAUGCUUUGGAAUUACAUAGGGAUUACAGCAAUGGGAUCUUAAAGAUCACUAUAUGUGAUUCUUGUCAAAAGCCAGUAGACAAGUACAUAGAAUACGACCCUGUGAUCAUCCUGAUUGAUGCUAUCCUUUGCAAGACACAGGCUUUCAGGCACAUUCUGUUCAACACCAGCCUCAACAUCCACUGGAAGUUGUGCGUCUUCUGUCUCCUGUGUGAGGCCUACCUCCGGUGGUCCGUACUCCAGCAGGGCUCCGAGCAGAGCAGCGACCCUGCAGACAUCAUCAGAUACACAAAGGAAUGGGACUUCUACGGCAUGUUCGGAUUAGCCGCCCUCGAACUCAUGGCCUUCUGCGGCGGUGUGUUCUGCUUCCUCUGGCUGAGCGUGGGGCUCCUGGGCGCGAGGCCUCAGCCACUGGACCCCCAGCAGCUCCUGCGGGCGCUACUGCUCUCCUGCUACGGCAAGGUCCUCGUCAUCCCCGCCGUCAUAUGGGAGCACGACUACUCGCCGCUGUGCCUGGGACUCAUCAAGCUUUUUGUGCUCACCUCCAACUCCCAGGCCAUCAGAGUGGUUCUCAAUAGCAGCAGGCGUCUGUCCGUGAUGGCUGUGAUUGCCGGCCUGCUGUCGGAAACCUGCAUGGAACUGGUCUUUCAGAAGCUCCCGCACUUUCUUCCGAACAUGCUUAUCUUCUGGUGAUCCAGAUGAUGCUGCAUUAAGGUGCUUGAAUGCAGAUGGGCGGAUACAGUGGCCGACUGGGAGCAGGUGGGACUUUUUAUUUUGGCGGAACAGUUCCAGAGCUAUCAUUAUUCGGCUGAACACAACCUCCCCGGACCAUCGAGGUAGAAAAACAAUCCACUAGAUGCUUGGAAUACUGAGCCUGGAGAGCUUUUGAGGUGGAAAUCAAAGGGCAAAUCUUGUUUGGUUUGGUUUUCUAUCGUUUCAUUGUUUUAAGGGAAACUCGUGUAGAUCCAUGGGAUUAGUUGGACUCCUGAUCUAAAUGACUGUUAGACCUGGUAAAUCCACAUCUUGGGUCUUGCUUUAGCCAAAUAAGGCUGAGAGCUUGCAAAUCACCCAAUGCUGGCUCACUGUUUGGACAGGAUUCAGACAGUACUCCACGCAUUCCUCAGCCUAAUAGAAAAAUACUACGCUUAACUUCCUCUCUCCCAUGUUGUCUCUCUCUCCCAAGCAAGAAAUUGUCAUUGUUGGGGAAAUUCAAGAGGAGCUAUUCUUCUAUGACACUAUCUUAACAAUGAGAGUUUGAGUGGCGCUUGGUGAGGGGAAACUUUAUAUGUCAUCUCAUGUUUGAGUUAUACAAGCAGAGGUUUAUCUUUUGUGAUGUACUUAUAUUUGAAUGCAUAUUUUCUCAGGAAUCUCUCCAUAUAAACUUCACUACCUAACCGAUUGAACUGAUUUAAAAAUACUUUUGGACAUAACAACAUGCAAGUAUCCUUGAAAGGUUGAAAUUGGAAACGCCACGCAAGCAUUGGGAAAUUGUGUGUGUGUGUGUGUGUGUGUGUGUGUGUGUGUGUGUGUGUGUGUGUGUGUGUGUGUGUGUGUGUGUGUGUGUGUGUGUGUGUGUGUGUGUGUGUGUGUGUGUGUGUGUGUGUGUUUUUGAGGUGACAACAUCCCAAUUUGUCUUCUUUGUCUAAAUGGCUGUAAUGGUUUGCUGUUUUAAAAAAAGAAAGAAAAAUAAUUCCAUCUCAUCUAUGCCAAAAUAUGCACUCUUGCACAUCACGCAUGGCUGAGUGUAUGCGUCUGCAACUUGGUAGCGCACACUACACGCCCUGCAGGUUGCAACACGUCUGUUCAGCAGAAGCAGCUGGUGUAAACAGCACACUAGUGUGGAAUGUGUGCUCCUCACCCAUGGGCGUAUCUGCACUGCGCUCCACUGCCACUGCAGAGAACGGUGUAGUCUGCGUUCCAGUUCUGCCAGAUACUAAUGGGGAAAUGAGGGAAGGUGGACUGGUCUAUCCUGAAGGGACACUGUGUGUUGUUUCAUAUAAAACCCAAUAAAUGCAGUUUAUUUUUCUUGAACCGACA